AUGUUCUCGUUUACUGGUCGAAACUGCACGACGGAGGAGUUACUCGAAGCGGAUCAGGUAAUUUUUUUUAAAUUUUGAUCACAUUUUGGCUGACUCAAAAAUUUUUUGUGUACUGUAGAGGUAUUUGGCGGGAUAAAUAUAAAUUCGAAAACGAGACAAGAUUCGAAAAAGCUUAUUUGGGCUGAAAAUUUGGUUUUACCGUUUUUCAUUGUACUUUUGGCAAUUGGACAAGUUUUUUUUUAUUUUCUCAUUGAAAAAUGAAACUUUUUUGUUUUAAAAACAUAAAAAAUGGUUGUUUUUAACUUUUAGCUUCAAAAAUAAGAUAAAGUCAGAUUCUCAAGAGUUUUUUUGAAUAAGAAAAGCUUUAAAAUUCACGAAUUUUUUGAAUUUCUUCUUUCCCGCCAAAAUUGUUUAACGUCCUACAAUUGUUUAUUGUGAUUAUAAAACUUCGUAAAUUGUUCCAAAACAAAAAUUGAUUCAUUUUGAACAACUCGAGAAACGGUAAAAAGUCCUCAAAAAACCUUUUCAAUACGACUUAUAAUUUCACCGAACGACAUUCCGCUGUUCCGCCGCGUGCGUUCGCGAAGCGUCUUUCGAAUUUCACGCUUUCAAUUGAUUGUUAUUGCUGUGGGAGCACAUGAAACUAGAGUAACGACUUGGAAUUUCACCGAACGAAAUUCCGCUGUUCCGCUGCGUGCGUUCGCGAAGCGUCUUUCGAAUCUAGGUCACGCUUUGAAUUGAUGGUUGUUGCUGUGGGAGCACAUGAAUGUAGAGUACCUUAAUAAAAGAAAAAGAAAUUUAAAGCGCGACCGAGGUUCUCAAAGGCUAGCAGCGGGACAGCGGAAUGUCGUUUGGUGAAAUUACAAGUCGUGGCACUUAGGCUAUAAAAUUUGACUUUUCGGCCCAAUUUCCAGGCUUCGGCUCUAUUUUGCGUCCUUCAACAAGUCCUUCAAAUCGGGUUUUGUUUCGCCUCGCCGACGGUUUUAUUUUUUUCCUGGAGGAGCUACCGAUUGGUCUAUUUGAGCCCUAAUUUGAAAGUUAGUUCUUUUUUUUUUGAAGUUUGAUCUCCAAGGCGUUCACUUGAAGAAUUAUUUUCAAAAAAAUUUCAGACCCUCACAAAUUUCUACGUCGGCGCUCUGAUGGCCUAUUGUGUUUCUUUUAAUUUGAUCGAGGUUUUCCCAAAAAAUAAGAAUUCUAACAAAACUGUCCGCAUUUUACAGAUUUAUCACGUCAUCGCCAGGUUUUUCAUGUCCGGGUGCAACUUGAUGGUCCCUGUUAGCACGUGUAUUUUAUUCCGAAUCGUACAGUCUUGGGCUUCCGUUGGUUAGUUGGAAAUGUGAAGUGGCCGAGUGGCUAAGCGCUUUGGAUGUGGAUAAAAGGGUCUUGGGUUCGGAUCCUCUUGGUGGUUUUUUGAAAGUUUUUUGAGUUAAAUUGCACCUCAAGACUUGUUAAGGCAUUUUUUGUUCACGCAAACAUUUUUUAAAAGUAAAAAAAUCACAAUACAAAGGGGAAAGAACAUAGUAAAAUGUCCAAAAAGCGUAACUCUCACCUUUUUUUGUAUUUUUCAUCCAAAACUUCAUUUUUAUUUCAAUAUUUUUCCCAAUACCUACGUGUUAAAUGAAAAUGGAAUCCACAAAUUCAGACUACAUUCCCACUUUUUUUCGGAUUUGGGACUUUGAACCCAAUAAUUUAUGACGAUAAUCGGCUGCGUCGAGCCUAAUUGUUUGUCGGAAAAGCUUUUCAGAUGUUCGAAAUAAUUUUAAGGAAAGUUGGAAUGAGAAUGCUUCGAGAAACUGAUGAAAAAAGCAGAAAUUAUAGAAAAAAAUGGCAAAAAUCAAAAUAAUUUAGUGAGAAUCGAACCACUGACCUCUCCAGCUAGAAAAAAUCAUUUUUUAAAAGAGUUUAUAACUAAAAAACAGAUUAUAUCCAGCAGGAUGGAUGUUGAAAAGUCAAAAUAAGAUUCUCAAAAAAUGGCAAAAAUCAAAUUCCUUCGAAGGGAUCCGAACCCAUGACCCUCCGCUACAUGAAAAACCAUUUUAUUAUAAGUUUUGAUUAUUGUUUAACUAUAGAACAGGUUAUUCCCAGUAGGAUUCGUGUUGAAAAGACAAAAUUAGAUUCUUGAAAAAUGGCAAAAGUCAAAUUUCUUCGAUGGGGAUCGAACCCAUGACCUCUCCCGCUUGAAAAAACCACUUUUUAGUCAUUUUUAAAUGAUUUUUUAACCACGAAAUGGGAUUUUACCGACAGGAUUUAUUUAUGAAAGUCAAAAUUUGACCUUCUAAAAAUGGCAAAAAUCAAAUGUCUUCGAUGGGGAUCGAACCCUUGACCUCUUUCACUAUAGUUAAACUCUUCCACCACUCAACUAACUUCAAUCUUCCAUCAAAAAUAGUAUUUUUACAGCUUUAUCACUGUUCUACGUGGCCGUUCCAGUGGAUAUGCUGCUGGCGCACAAUAUUUCCUUUUGUAGAUCUUCGAAAUGGCCUGCGAGGAUUAUCGGGAUCGCAUUUGUAGGAUAAAUUGGAUUUUCUUACCGAAAAAUAUUUAUUCCAGUACUGUGCCUCUGCGAACUUUGUAUACAAAGGUUUAUUAUUAGACUUGAAAUCGACUGAACAUUUGGCCAAUUGCGCGUCUUUCAAGAAUAAAGAGAAGAAAGAUAUUUUCGGCAUCAUGUUUGUGAGUUUGAGACGACCCUGGUCGCAUUUGGAAUGGCUCAAAGUUGCGAUUUUCUUCAAAAAAUACAAGGAAGUUGUGGAUUUUGUGGUUGGGAAUUUUCUUACUAGGAAACAUUUUUAAGCCCUUGGUGAAAAUUUUCGGAAUUGUAUUUUUGGACCUUCUCAUUCCAGAAGAAGAAAAAAAAAUAGGCCUGGUUUCAAAAAAAGCUUCAAAAGCUGGAAAUAGCGCUUUUUUGUCAUAAUUUGCUUAUUUUGCACACUUUGAACAACUUGUCAAAAACUCUAAAAAUAUUUUUUUUUCGUUCAAACAUUUUUACUAGCAGAAUUUAUGUUGAAAAGUCAAAAUUUGGAUUUUUAAAAAUGGCAAAAAAAUCAAGUUCCUUUGAUGGGAUCGAACCCAUGUCCUUUCCAGCUUGAAAAAACCCUUUUUUUAAAUUUUUUUGAUAUGAUUGAAGACCUAUGAAGAUUUUUUUCCAGCAGAGUUUUUGUUGAAAGGUUAAAAAAAGUGGAAUUUUUUUUUUCUUUUAUGGAAUCUGGAGGCCCAAAAAAACACUUUAGAAAAAGUUUCAUCAAAAUUUCUGGAGCUGAAAAAAAGUUCUCUAGUUCGACUUUCGAAGCUGAGAAUUUCUUAAAAAUCUUUCAGACCACUCCUUGAUGGACCAGUUGAAGAUCCUAAAAGUCUGAAUUUUCAGAAAUUCCUAGUUUUCAAAAAAAGACACCCCGAAGUCCCAAAAAACUAUUAAAAAUUCAAAAAUUGGCUAUUUUGAGCUUCGAGCACUUGUUUCUUCAAAAUUAAGAAGUUUUGUAGGUUGAGAACUUCAGAAUAUUCAUCUAGUACGUCGAGAAAUCCUUUGGUUAUGAAAUUUACAAAGUGAAAUUACCUUCCUUGUGAAAAGAAAUCCCUGAGCCACUCCCAGUGCGACCAAUUUUUUCCAAGGAAAAUUGAAAAAUCGAGAAAUUUCCAGGGUUUCCUAGGAUUAGACGUGGUCGCGAUCAUCUCAUUUGUCAUUGCCAGGGCGUACAUUGGAGUCUCGAAGGCUCAUCGGAGGUGACUUUUUUUUUUCAUUUCAAAGUUUUUUCAAAUUGGGCCAGGGAAAAUUUUCACGCCUCCUUUUAGAGCUUUCAAUUGUGAUUGAAACGUUCUAGUAAGAAUUUCCCAAAAGAUGCUAAUUUUAAGAAAAGAAAAAAAAAUGGAGUUACAGCGCAAAGUUGCUCCAUGGACAAAACUUGGCCAUUUUUCAAUUCUUUCUCGAAACUUGGUAACGCGCCUCAAGCAUGUCAGAGUGGUUCUAGGGACCACUUUAGUAGCCUCAGAACCCUUAAGUGACCCCUAGAACUGCUCAGAAACGUCCGUAGCGCAUCCGGUUUUCAUUCCCAUACUUCCGAAUUUUUUUUUUCUCAAAGAUUUUUUCUCUUUUAAAAUUUUUCAUUAUGAGAACUUUCUAUAGGUAGAAAUCUGAAUAACUGGCCAGAAUAUUUUUCUCAGGGAAAAAUAGAUUACGGUAAGCAACUUUCUGUACACCGUUUUCUCAUUUUCUUGGCGCCAAGUUAAUAUUGAGUUUUUCUCAAAAAACAGGGAAUUUCGUGCAUUUUCAAGGGAAAAUCAGAAGAAUAUGAAGCUUUAAAUUCUGAAAUUCACUUUCAAAACCGUUUUUUCGGUGGCGUUUUUGUAGGAAAAGUGCUAGGAUAAUGAAAGUUUGGCUCUGGGGGUUGUUUUGUACUCUAAAUUGAAUGACACUCACAGAUUUUGACAUUUUCCCAGAAAGUCUCAAAUCGAGGGGGUCAUAUCUAGAGACCUCAAAGCCACGCCCCUUUUUGCGAUGGUGAAAUGACUGGUUUUUUAUUUUUUGUGUUUGAUGUUUUCGUAAAAACACAUACUGAACCAAACAUAGAGAAAAUUAGUGGAAACAUAGAGAAAACCUUCCUCUUCCAUCUGAUAUACUUUUCACCCGAUUCUCGAAGCGUUUUAGCGGAGUGUCGUACAAAAAACCAAAACUACUUUUUUUCUUCGGGUUUUUAACCUAGUUCCAUGUCGUUGGCGCCUUUUUUUAUUUUCGAAUUCGAUUUUUUUAAGUGAAAAAAACAAAUAUUUUUAAGACAAAAAAAUUAAAAUUUUUUUACGGUGCCUAAUCUUCGUGAGGCCGCGCAAAGUUGAAAUUUUUGUACUCGGUUUCGAGAGCAUAAGUAAAAGAAUUUUCAUUUUAACUCAUUGAUUAAAGUUUAACUAAAACUUUAUUAGUAUAAAAACUUAUUGUGAAAAAAAUAGACAGUGAAAAUUUCGAAAUUCCUUUUUAACAUGGUCAUAUUGAACGCAGUGUAUGCUCUUAUGAACAAGAUCAAAAGUUUAAAAUUCCAAUUUCUUUCUCCAGAAAACGUGAAAAAUAUUCCAGUAGUCGGUACGAUCUGAACAAGACGAUCGAGAAACGGGAAAUCGUGAGGGCGAUCCAUUUGCUGCUUCCCAACGUGUGCCUCCACGUCGCCUGCUACGUCUGGUACGCGGUCGCCUCCAUCAUCGUCUUCGACAACUACGCCUCCUUCGGAAAUCCCCAGAUCGGCUAUCUGCUCACCAAUGUAAGACUUUACACUGCUGGCAAAUCUAUUGAACUGUAAAAAUUGGCCUAUUCCAAGAAAAAAUCGAGAAACUUCUCACUAUUCCUUCUAGAACACUCUCUCCCCACAAAGAAGGUAUCUCACUUCGCGAUCCGAAAUUUUUUAAAUUUUGCCUAGUGAACUCCUUGGUGCACUUACUAAACAUUCUGAAAGUCUCAACUUACAAAACUUCAUAGUUUUCGAGAAAUAAGGCUCAAAAUAGUUCAUUUUGACGGAUUUGAUGGUUUUCUUUGACUUCGAAACGUCUUUUCUCAAAGACCUUGAAGUUUUGCAGAUUGAGAUUUUCCGGACCUUUAUCUAGUACAUCCCGGAGUGUUCUGGCCAAUUUUCAGCGCAACCAGAAUAUUGAAAUGACCUCUCUUUUAAGCUGAAAAUUGCUUUUUUAUGUUCCAUGCAUCAAAAUUUUCCCAUUCUUCACACUAUUAAUAAGGAGAAAGUCUGAAAAAAAUUGGAAUUUCUUAGAAUUUUUUUGGGUUAGUUCAAUUUUUUUCUGAACUUCGAGUCUAUUCUACAAGUUAUUCCAUCGGAAAAAUUCACCUAACUGAGUUUUUUUCAACUGACAGACCGCGAUCUGAUUUCAAAUUUAUCCAUUGUAAAUGAUCAAAAUCGAUAAUAUUAUUAAUUUGAAACCUUUAACCUUCAAAAUACCUUUGAAAAAAACCUCCGCAGAAAAAAAGGUGUUUCGAAACUUGACUUUUUUGGCUUCAAAAAAAGUUUUUUCAUCAAUUUUUUAACGAAUACCAUUGAACCUUCUUAAUUGCAAACGUUCAAAAAUGAAAAAGUGCGUUUUCCUGAUUUUUACCAUAGGCAGUCACAGUCAAAGUCCAAACGACCUUAAAAAGGCUUUAUAAAGAAAAUGCUAAAGCUCCUUUUUGAGUUCCUAAGGUCUCAAGAGUUUCUCGGAAUCUCCUUUUUUCCAUCUUCUUUUCCGCCUUAUUUUUUUAGAACUCCUUAGAAGGUCCUUUUCAGAAAAAGCUUUAGAAAAAAGGCGCUUUUGAGGUCGCUUAAAGGCCUUUUUUCCAAAAGUCCUUUUUGAGUUUUGGGCUUUGCCCGUGAUAGUUCGAUACCGCUUUGAAAAUUCUUUUUUUUACCAUUCAUCCGAUUUUUCUCUGAAAAUAGUAAGGAUUCUUGAUUUUUUGAUUGAUUGAUUAAACUACAGGAGCCUCCGAAGUAAUCCGAAAGCCUAUAAAUAUAUAUAAUCAAAAACGAGGAAGUUUUGCAGAUUGAGAUUUUCCGGACCUUUAUCUAGUACAUCCCGGAGUGUUCUGGCCAAUUUUCAGCGCGACCAGAAUAUUGAAAUGACCUCUCUUUUAAGCUGAAAUUGCUUAAAGCUUCAUAUUUUCCAUUGGAUCAAGUUUUUCCGAUUUUCCAACUCUAUCAGUGAGAAAAAAGUCGGGCGAAGCUUGAAAGAUUGAUCUUUUUCCAGCUAGUUUUUUUAAUAUGUUUUUCCAUCGACAAAUUUACCUACAGAUCCUUCGAAAAAGUUCCGAAAGUUUUUGUCUCCACAAGUUCCUUGUAUGGGGCUCAAUCCUUCUGAAACUUUCCAAGUCGCGUUUUUUUUUUAAUUUUCUAUGAACUGAACUUCCAUCAGAAUGUUACGGAUAACAAUCAACUCUAGAAGGCUCCAGAAAGAUUAAACUAUAUACGAAAGAGUGUAUUUUCGUUCCUGGAGGAACUGUACAAAUAUCAUUUGCAGUCCCUCACCUUCUACAUGAUGUCUUCCCCGUGUGUCUGGGCCUAUGUCCUCCAUCGACAGAAACGAAAAGAUCUCGUCACGAAAACUUCCGAGAACAAAACGCUGUACUUCAAAGCGCUCGCCGACCAGUGGGAAAGGUCCAAAAAAGGCCCUUUUCCUCAUUCUUCUUGCUUCAAGUCAGUUACUUUUUUCGAAUUUUUAAGUUCUUUAAGAUGUCCUGUCACUUUUUCUUGAAUUAAAAAAAGAAGUUUCUGUUUGAAAAAUAAAAAAAAAAUAGAAAAAAAUCUCUUCUGAAAGCAAAGGUUCUGAGAAGAUUUACAGACUUGUAUAAUUCAUUCUCAUGUUACUCACUUAUUGCUCAUCUUAAGAACCUUAAGUAAAAUCUUAGAAGCCCCUCUUUUGCUGUGUAUGAACCCUUUUUCAACACCUCAGAUUACCUAUUUAUUGCUCAUCUUAUGGAAAUUCGAAGCUUCGGAGCUUUUACAUUGUUAAGACUCCCAAAAUCUCAUAAUAUAAGCUUUUUCUCAUCUUAUAAGCUGUUACGAAACUAUUUCUCAUGAUGGAUUGUGAAGCUUAAAAAUCUCACUCAUUCUCACUCAUAUUACCAACUUAUUGCUCACGUUACAGCUCCAAGAUCCACCCGAACGGCGUCCACCGUCCAUCCAUCAGUCCGCAAAACUCAUCUUCCAGAAGCAGACAAAACAACGAUUCCUUUCAAAUAUGA